AGAAAUGGAUUAACAACCGCGCAGCCGUGUAGGUGAACGUUUGUCUUCUUCGAAGACCAAUCAUACUUUCUGUGUGAAACACCCUCUUGUCUUCUUCGCCGCACCGGCUAAUGUUUUUCAUCUUCUCGGGGAUCACAAAAUCCAGGAUUCAAUGAUUCCUCAAUCUCCGUAACGAGAAACGGGGAACAAAACGAUGUACUGCAAGUUGGGAAAGGCCCCCCCAGCUUUCCCGGUUUUUCCCCAGCCUCGACCGCAUCACCAAGCCUUGUUCAGGAUUCUGUGCUGUGGCGAUAAGAACUCUGACGCUUCCUCGUCUUCUUCGGCGUCGGAGAAUAGCAAGUUCCGGUUUAAGCUGGUCGGUAGAUCGUUGGGCGACGGGAAAUGGAAGUUCAAUGAUAUUGAUGCCAAUUCAGUGCAAGAAUCAUUAACUCAAUGGCUGUCAAAGACCCAAAACUUUCUGCAUGACGUCACUUCACCAUUUGUAAAAACUGUCAACGAUCGAAGGUCUACUUCACGGGAUCAUGCUCAAGAUGUGGAUGAGAUAUUCCUGUCUGAACAGACUGUUGAUAGGCAAACACCAAAUGGGGAGCUUUCAGUGGCUGCUAUUCUCUCCGUUGAGCAAUUCAGCCGGAUGAAUGGGUUGACUGGGCAGAAAAUGCAGAAGAUUUUUAAAGCUCUUGUUCCUGAAUCUAUCUAUAAUGAUGCCCGCAAUUUGGUGGAGUAUUGCUGCUUUAGGUUUCUUUCAAGGGAUAGCUCCGAAAUUCAUCCUUGCCUUAAGGAACCUGCAUUCCAAAGAUUGAUAUUUGUAACUAUGCUUGCAUGGGAAAACCCCUAUAGUAGCAAGAAUGACUCUUCAACUGAAUCGCUACAAAAAGAUUCUUUUCAGUUGAAGGGAAGAUUGGUAAGGGAAGAAGCUUUUGUUCGUAUUGCUCCUGCUGUUUCUGGUGUGGCUGAUUGGUCAAUAGCACACAACCUUUUCAAAGCACUUGCCGACAAUGAACAGGGUAUCUCAAUCACCUCAUGGUCCACAUAUAUCAAUGAACUUCUCAAGGUGCAUGACGGAUGGAAAUCAUAUGAACAUCGACAACUCCCCCAGAUUUCUAAUAAUGAGAGAAUUCUGUGCAUUGCUUCUGGCGGGAAGUACCCAGUUUUAAAAUGGAAGAAUAAUAUUGCAUGGCCCGGGAAACUAACUCUAACUGAUAGGGCACUGUACUUUGAGGCGGUAGGUUUGAAGGGACAACGAGAUGUAUCACGACUUGAUCUCACAAUGGAUGGUUGUAAUGCCAAGAAAGCAAGGGUUGGCCCUUUGGGGUUUGAUCUUCUCGACUCUGCUGUUUCGGUCUCUUCCAGCCCGGAGUCUGAAACGUGGGUAUUAGAAUUUGUUGAUUUGGGAGGCGAGAUGAGGAGAGAUGUGUGGUAUGCAUGCAUCAACGAAGUUAUUGCUUUAUACAAGUUCGUACGACGAUUUGGGCCCGAGGAUGGCGAUCAAUCAGUCUAUAAUGUAUAUGGUGCUCAGAAAGGCAAGGCGAAAGCGACCACUUAUGCUACCAAUGCAAUAGCGAGGCUUCGGGCACUUCAAAUUUCGCGGAAGCUUUUAGAUGACCCCAGUAAACUGGUUCAAUUCUCGUAUCUGCAAGAUUCACCUUACGGUGAUGUUGUGUUGCAAACUCUAGCUGUCAACUGUUGGGGUGGACCGUUGAUUUCAAAGGUUGCGGAAGAGUAUCAACCGGGAUCGCAAUCUAGGCCCCCGAACGAGAUGGCUGAAACUCAUGCGUUUGACAUAGAUGGAAGUGUGUAUUUGCGGAAUUGGAUGAGGUCUCCAACUUGGGCUUCGAGUUCCUCGCUUUCUUUCUGGAAGAACUCUUCAGCAAGGCAGGGGGGGAUAGUGUUCAGUAAAAACCUUGUGGUUGCUGAUAGGAAUUUGAUGGAAAAGGCCGCUAUGGCGUGGAGAGACAGAUGCAGGGUAGUGGAGAAAACACAGGCCACAAUAAACGCCGCGAUCAUUGAAGGGAUUCCUAGCAAUAUAGACCUUUUCAAGGAACUUAUGUUGCCUUUAGUCAUCACUGCCAGCAACUUCGAAAAGCUUAGACGAUGGGAGGAUCCCCCGCUAACUGCCUCGUGUCUCGCACUCGUGUACACGCUCAUUUUCAGGAACAUGCUGUCUUAUGUAUUCCCGGCGACCUUAAUGGUCCUGGCGGCAGGCAUGCUACUACUGAAGGGGCUGAAAGAGCAAGGGCGCCUCGGGAGAUACUUCGGGAAAGUCACCAUUCAGGAUCAGCCACCAUCAAACACAAUUCAGAAAAUCAUUGCGGUGAAAGAGGCAAUGCGCGAAGUGGAAAAGUAUCUGCAGGGUCUCAACGUUUCGCUGCUCAAAAUACGAUCAAUCAUUCUUUCCGGGCAACCACAGAUCACGAUGGAGGUUGCUCUCGUGCUCCUAUUUGGUGCCACCAUUCUGUUGAUUGUUCCGUUCAAGUACAUUCUCGCCUUCGUGAUCUUCGAUCUCUUCACGAGGGAGCUCAAGUUUCGACGACAGAUGGUUCUGAGAUUCAUGAGCUUUCUGAAGGAGCGAUGGGAUACCGUUCCAGCAGCUCCAGUCGUCGUCUUGCCAUACGAAGAGGGUAAGCCAGAGACAGUUAGCCAAAGAAAAGAACUCAACAGCAGUGUAAGAAAAUCUGAAAAACACUUGGACAACUAGGUGGAACAAUAUACAUUUUCAUGUAUACAUUUGUAGAGCAUUGUGGUUGACUGGUGUAAAGGAAAGUAGAAUGUAAUUUUCCUUUAAAAGUUUCCUUUCAUUUUAUUUGGAGUCAAAGGGAACAUUAAUAAAGGUCAUUUUAUUUGGAGUCAAAGGGAACAUUAAUAAAGGAGAUAAGAGGGUUGAUCAUGAA